AUGGCCGUCUUCGACGGUGUGCAUUAUGUUCUUUCAUCUUCAAUACCAGGGGAACAGCGUAAGGAGCUUUCAGGCUUGCUGGACCUCAAUGGCGCAACGAGCGCACCACCACACUCCCAUCUUAUUGCCCUUGCUGGAUCACGGACUCAGCACGAACACGCGGGAUCUUUGCAUGUAGUAUCGGGAAUGUGGGUACAGCGGAGCAUAGUCCUUGGGAAACUUCAGCUAGAGCAGUACUAUUCGCCUGAUCCAACAAUGAUUUUUUCAGGCAUCGUUGCGUGUGCCACCGAUCUCUCCCCAUCGGACCUCGAAGUUCUCUCCGCAGGGAUCACCUCGCUAGGAGGACAAUGGCGAACGGGCCUUACUCGCGAUGUAACACAUCUCUUCGCAUUGCAUGAACAGAGCGAUAAGUACCAAACUGCCAUGCAUUUUGCGCCACAUACCCACAUGUCUGUCCUGACACCUCAUUGGUUCGAUGACUCAGUACGCGUUGGACGCCGUGUGCCUGAAGGUCCUUACUUGUGGCCUGAUCCAAAGGUCUUGCAACCUGGCAUGCAGGUCACAAUGGACGACGAUGAUCUAGAAAUUGGGGAAAGUGGGAAGAAAAAGAGAAAAAAGAGUGGCGAGACAAGACUGAGCAGUCCUAUACCGAUGGAGGAAGCAGAUCGCAGAGAAAGAGUCAAUGUGUGGGCAGGAAGGAGGCUGUUAUUGUCCCGCUCGCUGGAAUUGGGGCAAGGACAUCGUGAAGCUGUGGAGGCGAAUAUACAGAGGGCGGGUGGAAUUGUCGUCAAGGUCAAAGGUACCGGCACGGAUGAAGAAGCACAGGAGGACGAGGAAGCAACACUUGUUGAUGAAUGCGAUGUUUUUGUUACGCGGUACCGCUCUGGAAAGGCGUACUUUAAGGCGGCCCGUUCCUCUCGCCCGAUUUUGAUCGGAAACUUGACUUGGAUGUUUCACGUUGAUGCGUCUAGCACGUUGAAUGAUCCGCACGAUAGUUUGUUGUGGUACCCUGUUCCAAGAGGAGGUAUUCCUGGUCUUAACGAAUGCAUCACUGUCACUAACUAUUCUGGUGCCGCGCGAGAUUAUCUGAAGAAACUUAUCCAAAUCAUGGGCGGAAGGUUCACGCCGAGUAUGAGUCAGAGCAACAAGGUCCUGGUCGCUGGCUAUUCUCCUUCGCCUAAAACACAGCGCGCAGUUGCAUGGUCGAUACCAAUAGUCAAUCAUACUUGGCUUGAGGAUUGUUUCAUUGCAUGGAAGAAUCUUACUGUGGGGGUUGACAAAUACAUUCUCUUUCCCCCUGGCGUCGAUUUCGGGAAGAUGCUCAUGACCCCAAUUGGUGAGGAUGCAGAGUAUCGUAGGAGCAUGAUUGAUAACGUGGAGCCCGUCACCCCAUCUACCAAGACUCCCAACACAACCGGUAAAGCCAAGACUGCAUCCAGCAAGUCGAAGCCAAAGACCAUCGAUGAAAUUGAGGAUGGCUCGCCUCCGAAUUCAUCCCAGCCGGUGGCAUUAAGGCCGAAGCGCACUGCUCUCACUGCUCCCCAAGCUACAGAUAUGAGUACGAGAGACGAUAGAGAGGUGGAGAUUGCAGUUAAUUUCGGCGAUGACGAGGGCCCCAACCUUGACGAUGCUGGCGACAUAGCAGCCGGUGUAGCUAUGGAUGUCGACGACGAAUAUGUUUCCCCUUCCAGGUCACUGCGACAACAGAAGCCGAAGCCGAAAUCAAAAUCCUCGGAGAACAAACUGUCCACAACAAAGGAGAAGACCAAGCAUCGCAAAGCUCGUCCUCUGCCCCCUUCUCGUGAGCAUUCCGACUCCGAAUCUGCGUUGGCCCAUCCAAGCAGGCCAAUCCCCGGGUCCUCGACGCCAGUCAAGACGGGGAUGAAACCGAAGCCCAAGCCGAAGGAAACUCCUCAGCGCGCCUCAUCCUUGUCUGAUGAUGAUGAUGAAAUUUUUGCGCGGCCUGCCAAGCAUAAGUCAACUACACCCAGCACUAAAGCCAAAGCUAAAGCCAAAGAGCCUGAGAAGGAGCCGCUAGCCACGUCCUCAAAAGCCAAGGAGAAACAGAGUGCUCAUGCUCGAUCUCCGACUCUGUCAGCUGCCCGUUCACCCUCGCCUCCUGUACAAACCUUCAAGACGCCGAAACGCACAGUAUCCGUGCUAGUUCCAUCUCUGCCGAAAGACUACUUGUCUCCAAGUCCACGCAAGGGCACGUCCACGAACAAGGAAGGAAGGUCCGAGCUUUCUAGGACGAACUCCAUUCAUGUAUCUGCUGCCGAGGCGUCGACAAGCGGACUCAAGCGUGGACGUCCUUCGUUGUCAAAACCUUCAACCUCAACACCUCCUGUGAAGAACAAGUCGAAGUUCAAAGCACGGAAUGAGUCGGAAACGGAAUACGAGGACGAGACUUCAGUGGUUCUGGAUACUCCUUCCACUACUACACGCGGUUUACCAAAGCGCAGCGCUGCCAACAAGGCGACGAGCAAACUGAGGGAUGAAAUCAUGCCCGACGUCAUUAAUUUUGAGAAGGAGCGCAAGAACGCCAAGCGAAGGCGUAGCUCCGGUCUCAACGACUCUUUCAUUCCCCUGCGUGACGAAGCCGAGGUCGAACAGGAACGAGACGGGAAGAAGCGGAGAGUUGAGAAGGCUCGCGAAGAGGACUCGGAAGCAGAGGUUGAGGAGGUCAUUUCUUCGUCUAUUCCUCAAACGAAAUCGAUGUCGAAGCCGGCCACGACGCAGGGCAAUGGUACGAAGAAAAGAACGGAAGACGAGAUGAGUAUUGACGAAGACGAGCUGUCGAAGAGAAAGGGCAUGAAGGCAACUCAGAACAAAAAGGGAUCUCAUGCCCCCAAUGUUGGCACCAAUCAGCUGUGCCGAUUAAAUAAAUUGGGCGUCAAGAUGACAACCAAACCUAACGACUGCACGCACCUUGUCACGAAGGGAAUCGUUCGUACGGAGAAAUUCUUGUGCGCUAUCGCAAGUUCCCCGUUCGUGUUAACAGAAGGAUGGGUCAAUUCGAGUGUGCGAGCUGGCAAACUUUUACCGGAAUCGGACUUUUUAAUAUCUGACCCCGAACCGGAACGGAAAUGGAACUUUAAACUCUCCACUUCUCUCGAGCGCGCUAAACGCGAAGACGGUGGGGAAGGCUUGUUCAAAGGGAUGACAUUUUAUGUGACCCCCAAGGUCGAGAUUGACUUGAAGUUGCUCAAAGCUGUCAUUACAUCCGCUGGUGGUCAGGUUCAGACAUCCAAGCCGACAGCUCGAAUACUCAAGGCGAACGACAAUCGUCACGUUAUCUCUUGUCCAGCAGACCAAUCGAUCUGGCGACCGCUGGUUGAGGAAGGAUUUACUAUAUAUUCCACGGAGCUCAUUCUGCUUGCUGUACUAACUCAGGAGAUAAGGUGGAAGGAUGACAACUGCAUCAGUUCCAAGCCUUCCUUGUAA